CGCCAUUUUGCUCUGCGGUGCUGGUAUUUAGAGCGCAGCGGCUGACGGGCCGGUUAACCUUAUCCUUCGCUGCCUCCUGCUUCUGUGCUCGCUCGCCUGCCUGCCCGCCCUCCCUCCUCGUUCCGAAUUCAACCGCCUCGCUUGCCCCCGCCUCGCCUGCAGACAUGUCCGAGGCCAAACCCACCCCCGAAUAUGCUUCGUUUUUCGCCGUGAUAGGCGCCUCGGUCGCCAUGAUCUUUAGCGCCCUGGGUGCUGCCUAUGGCACAGCCAAGAGUGGCACUGGCAUCGCAGCCAUGUCCGUCAUGCGGCCAGAGCUGAUCAUGAAGUCCAUCAUACCAGUGGUUAUGGCUGGCAUCAUCGCCAUCUACGGCCUCGUGGUGGCAGUCCUCAUCGCCAACUCCCUGAAUGAGGGCAUCACUCUCUACAGGAGUUUCCUCCAGCUGGGUGCAGGCCUGAGUGUGGGUCUCAGCGGCCUGGCAGCUGGCUUUGCCAUUGGCAUUGUGGGGGAUGCCGGCGUGCGGGGCACUGCCCAGCAGCCCCGACUGUUCGUGGGCAUGAUCCUGAUCCUCAUCUUCGCCGAGGUGCUGGGCCUCUACGGUCUCAUUGUGGCCCUCAUCCUCUCCACAAAGUAGCCCAGCUCGGGCCUACCAGCCACAGAAUACUAUGUAAAGACCAUCCCCCCAUUCCAGAACGAACAGCCUGACACACACCCACGGGUCACCACCCCCUCCGUAGUUGGUCUUGUAAAUGCGCAGUGUCCUAGUGCCCAUCUUCUGUUGCCCCGCCUGCCCCUUCAGCCCCAUGCCGUGGACAUCUGGGCCCAUUCAUCACCCAUCCAGGCCCCAGACCAGUGAGGAUGCCGGCGUCUGGCCCCCUCCACCCAUCGUCCUAGAGUGCUCUGUGUAUAAGGAUGAAUUAGAGUUGUCAUUUUCUCUUCACUGGAUGUUUAUUUAUAAAGAUUUGACCUGUUCCGACUUCUGUGGAGCAGCCCUGUCUCUUAUCUAUAUAGUAGCCUUUAGGUAGAGUGUUGCCUUGGGAUUCCCAGCGCUGAGACCGAGGAUGGACCCACCCUUCCGCCGCCUUCGGACUGCGGGGUCUGGAGGGCAGAAUGCCGGCCCCGCCAGGCCCUGGCGCCAUGCUGUGUCCAAUAAAGUUCUUGGAUGUGACCAGAA